AUGGCAGGCUCGGAUAGUACAACAAAACGGAAGAGAGCUCGAGGUCCAAAGGUCAGAUCUGGCUGUCUUACAUGCAGCAAAAUCCGUCACCUGAAAUGCGACGAAAGAAAACCAAUCUGCUCGCGCUGUGAGAAAGACAAACGGACAUGCGAUGGCUACAUUCCAGAGUCGGAAUGCAAGUACAAGCCCAGGACCCCAGCACUUCAGCGAAAGCAAAACGAAGCUGCGUUACAACGUCCCGCAGCAAUCUCCAAAAUUCUGGUCCCUGCAGGUCUAUCACCAGAGAUAUUCGGCUCAUCGAUAGAACUAGAUCUUUGUCAUCACUUCCGAACAUGCACCAUCCCAGAACUGGCGAGCUCUUUGAACGCGAUGAGCUUUUGGCACACAUAUGCGCUACCCCUCAGUCACAACUCUAUGCCUAUAAAGGCUGCCAUCGGUGCUCUGGGAGGCGCCCACAAGGCCUUCAAACUCCAAACCCAGACCGACCCGUUCACUCAAUCUCUUGCCCAGUCUUAUGAAAUUGCCUCUGUUCAGCAGUACAGCAACGCUAUCAAGGUGAUGCACGAGUAUAUGAACUCGCCGGAUAAGAACUUCCAGGUGAUCCUUACGUGCUGUCUCAUAUUUAUCUGCACUGAGAAUCUUUACGGCCGUUACACCAAUGUCACUCGGCAUCUGGAGUCUGCAUUCUCUUUACUAAAUACCUGUGAACGAUGGAACGACGUGGGAACCCAGUAUCGUGGUGAGGUUGGACACAGGCGAAAAGGAGAUGACUUGUCCAAGUUCAUGGACAACAUCGGACCAUCGCUCUGUGGUCUCACCUCGGAUUUGUUCUUUUACAUGGGAGAUAAUCAUUCCCCAAAACUGGUAUCAGAGCUUCAGCAAUGGCUUGAAAGGCAAGACCCUAUAACCCUCCAAGAGCCCGGCGCGCCGUUCUUCUCAGCUCAAGCAGCAGCUUCCUGUUUAUCGCAUGUGGGAACCACAUUCGGGAUCGAGAUGAACACUGAUUGUCAGAUGUGUCUCAACCAAGGCUAUCCCUGCGGCAAAACCGGUCUAGUCUGCAGGCGUUUUGACAACGGGUUGGAGUCAGAAUCAUUCUACCGGUACUGGAGCGCACGGUACAAUGCCUUUAAGCAGAACUUUGAUCCUCUGAAGGCUUCAGAGCCAGAAAUGUUUCGUUUCAAGGUUCUUGAGCUGGAGGAGAUCACAUGGCAUGCAACAUUCAAGCUGGCUUCAAUCGACGAAGAUCUAGAACCAUCUGAUUGCAUCGAGAUAUUGAAAAGAGCAAAGUCGAUUAUUAACUUUUCACAAAGAGAGACCGGUCAUAUCUUCACUUUUCAAGCAAACCUGGUUCCGCCCAUCGCCUACGUUAUUAUCUCGUGCCAGGAUGAAACGAUACAAUGGGAAGGCGUGAGGCUUCUACGGCGACUUGGGAGAAGGGAGGGUGUGUGGGAUAGUAGGAAGAUGGCGGAUAUCUAUGCUAGUAUGAUCACCGCGAAAACAAGAAAGCUUGUUUCCUGGGAGCAGAUUCCAGAUGAUGUGCCACGGUUGACACAACUUCUCGGUUCGGUUCGGUUAGAUACCCCGGUCGAAGACAAUGAAUGA